AUGUCGUGUCUUUGCGCCGGAACUUUUGUGGCUGCUUUAGACGCCACAAUAGUCACUACAUCUAUGCCCUCUAUUGCAGGUCAUUUCCACUCUGCCUCGGGAUAUACCUGGAUUGGCAGUGCUUACAUACUAGCCAACACAGCUUCUGUCCCGUCGUGGGGCAAACUGUCUGACAUCUGGGGAAGGAAGCCGCUGCUACUAUGUGGCAAUGCAAUUUUCUUUGCGGGCAGUCUGAUAUGUUCUGUAGGAGACACGAUGCCUGAGUUUCUGUUCGGCCGUGUCAUACAGGGUCUAGGUGCUGCAGGCUUGACCACCUUGGUCAAUAUUAGCAUUUGUGACUUAUUCUCGCUCAGAGAUCGUGGCUUGUAUUUCGGUAUUCUAUCCGUGGUUUGGGCUUUGGCCAGUGGAAUUGGACCUAUUCUAGGGGGUGUGCUAUCUGAGAAAGCGACUUGGCGGUGGUGCUUUUGGAUCAACCUACCAAUCACCGGUCUUGCUUUCCUUUUGCUGUGGCUAGUUCUAAAACUCGACACUCCCCAUACACCAAUUUGGGACGGUCUGAAGGCUGUCGACUGGAUAGGCUCAUUGUUUGUAAUUGGUAGCAGCAUAAUGUUGCUUCUUGCUUUAGACUUCGGCGGCGUCACACAUCCCUGGGACUCAGCAACAGUCAUCUGCCUACUCAUUUUCAGUAUCAUAGCCCUGAGUCUCUUUGUGCUGAACGAGUGGAGACUCACCAAAUACCCAGUGAUACCACUUGUCCUCUUCCGGCAUCGAUCCGGUAUUGCUUCUUUCAUAGUCUGUUUCUGUCAUGGAUUCAUCUUCAUGGGCGAGGCAUACUAUCUGCCGCUCUAUUUUCAAGCCGUACUCGGCGCCAGCCCGAUCAUGUCCGGGGUUUAUCUCUUAGCUUUUGUUAUUGCCUGCUCACUUUCAGGAGCUCUUACCGGGUUAUUUAUUCAGAAGACGGGUAAAUACGUGCCUCCAAUGUGGCUCGGCCUUGGUCUAUUGACCCUCGGAGUCGGCCUUCUCAUCAACCUAGAAGUUACAGCAGCCUGGGGCAAGAUCCUCGGAUUCCAGAUCAUCUCUGGAAUCGGGGUAGGUAUGAACUUCGAAGGGCCACUGCUCGCACUGCAGGCAAUCGUCGGCGUAAAGAACACCGCGGCAGCCACAGCCACGAUCGGGUUUGUGAGGACCAUGUCGACGGCCAUCUCGGUGGUUAUCGGAGGAGUCGUAUUCCAGAACCAGAUGGUUAGCGAAGGUCCUAGGCUUGUACAAGCUUUAGGUGAAGAGCUCGCUAGUCAGCUAGGGGGAGCGAAUGUCACGGCCAACAUACACCUCAUCGGGGCGCUUCCGUCGGGUCAGAGAAAGGUGGUCCGGCAGGCGGUAUUUGAGUCGUUGCGGACUACAUGGAUUAUGUAUGUUGCCUUUGCGGGUGUGAGUCUUAUUGCUGGGCUCUUUGUGGGCGCUCAUCAUCUAUCAGAAGAACACGAGACGGCUGUUUUGGGGCUGCCUGACCAGAUGCCAGUAAAUUUGACAAAUAAGUAG